UUUUAGAUGCCUCAGAGAAUGGCUGGAUCCACAGAUGAUAAAUUGCUGACGUCCGAUGAGGCCUUUUACUUCGUCCAAGAUGUAUUGGGCAUGUCUUCCAUCAAGCUGAAGGAUAAUCCACAGGAGUUUCUCAAAGACCUCAUCAGAACAUAUUUGCAUCAUAUCCCCUUUUCGAACGUCCAAAAUAUGGCGACGCCUCAGCACUCUAGACACGUUCCUACCGUAUCCGAGAUCAAGAGAUAUAUCUUCACUAAAAUUGGCGGAAUGUGCUACCAACACAAUGUUGCAUUUUAUCUUCUACUUAAAGCAUUGGGUUAUGAUGUUUCUCUCAUCGCAUGCGACAUUCAACACCCCAGUGACCACGCCGCCAUCAUCGUUCAUAGUUUAACGAAUGAGGGUAGCAGACAUUACGUCGAUGUUGGUAACGGGACUCCAUUGUUUAGCGUGGUUCCUUUCGACUUCAAGGACGAGUCGCCUCCAUAUCAUCACUCUUUCCUGCGUUUCAAGUUUUCCCGCCAGGGUGACAUCAUAUAUUGUUUGCAUCAAGUUGAAGGUCAUCCAGCCAAGCAGACGAUGGAAGCUAAUCGUAUCACCGAUGGCUGGUAUCGAUUUAUCACCAUACAUUUCAAAGAAGGUGUGGCGAUAUCACACUUUGAACCCAGUAUGACGCCAAUUUAUGUCGGUUGUUCUGAUACACCGAAGAGUGUCUUCCUGACAAGUGUAAGGUGCAUGGCGUUUCCUAACGGUCGUUUCGUGUGUAUUAAAGACACUACUUUCUUGAUCGAGAAUGAAACUGGGAAGAUAACCAAAUCCUACUUUAGGUCCCUUGAAGAGAUCAAAAAAGCAUUUGCUCGGUAUUUCCCUCAGGUCUCACAGGAAAUGUUAGAUGUUGCCUUGAAUGAUGAAUUCAUAACAUUAGAUUACAAAAAGGGAAUUCUGUGAAUUAGGCUACAUGUAAUUAAGAGAAUUAUGUUAGAAGGAAAGAGGGGUGGGGUGUUCACACCCUGCUUCCUUAGCCUUAUAAUACAGUGCGUCCCACAAAAAACGAAACCGAGAUUUAACGAUGAUUUAACAUAUCUUAAUCAUAAAUACAAUAGACAAAUGACCUACCAAUGUAAAGCUUAGAAUCUCCUAUUUCAUCUGAUAUUACUUAUAUUAUUCCUCAUUCACGCAUGAGUGAGCAAAAAGAAUUUGAAGAAAGGAUACCAAAAACUCAUUUGGCGGGGGGUAUCUGAAUUUCAAAAAGAAAAUCACAUGCCUAAAAAGUUCAAUAUCUGCUCUUUUAUUUGAUACCUUAAUCACAGAAAAUGGUCAAGAAGUAAACAAGUUAUGUUCCCUCGAAACAAUGCUUGUAUUUCCAUAAUUUCAUUAAAUAAACGUGUUUUCACCGGUUUCCUACAGAAGCUAUCGCACGGUAACAAAAGACUAAAUGCAUGGCUGAUCGUCAACAAAAUGGAGUGUCGAGUGAGUUUAAACGCUGGCCUGUAAAACCUCUUCAUUUUAUGAAAUUAUUGAAAUUCAAGCCUUAUUUCAAAUAACCAGAACUUUGUUAUUUCUCGACCAUUUUCGGUAAUUGAGGUAUCAAAUUAAAGAGCAGAUAUUGAACUUUUUGAAAAUGUGGUUUUCUUUUUGAAACCCAGAUACAGCCCGCCAAGUGACUUUUUGGUAUCCCCUUUUCAAAUUGUUUUUGCUCACUCAUACGUGAAUAAGAAAUAAUCUAAGUAAUUUCAGAUGAAAGAGGAGAUUCUAAGCUUUACAAUGGUAGGUCAUUUGUUUAUUUUAUUUGUGAUUAAGUUAUGAUAAAUCAUCGAUAAAUCUCGGUUUCGUUUUUGUGGGACGCACUGUAUAGCGCAUUUACUUUAUCAAUACUCAACUGCGCUUUACAUUGGUAUCAUAAUGUUACUAUCCCGGCUGUAGCCGAGCUGCCACAUAUAUGCUCAAGCAUUCGAGGAAUUCUUCCUACCGGGUACCCAUUUACCUCAUCUGGGUGAGUGCAGCACAGUGUUGGUAAAUUUCUUCCUGAAUGAAUACACGGUCGUCAUGGAUGGGAAUCGAACCGACGUUCCUCAGAUUGAAAGAUGAGUGUCGUAAUCACUAGACCACCAUGGCUACGGGAAAAAAAUGUGAAUUUAUUUAUGACAAAGUAAUUGUCAAAAUUCUGGACCAACGGUCUCCAAGUAAAUUAAUUUCAGCCCAUUUUUAUUGAUCAGUUAUUAAUAAUUGAUUUGAUAAAACAUGUAUUUAUUCUUAACAAUCACACUUCUUUCAAUUCAUGAUAAAAUGUUAUUUUGCGUUUUCUGUAUAACAGCAAGUGGUAGAAAUAUUUUUUAAAGUACGUGUAGUAAAUAUCUACAAAAUAUAUUUGAUUGUACAAAAAAAAUUUUUUUUCAAUUGCACGAGCGGAGGGAGGGUUCUUAUAAGUAUAGUCAUAAACAAUUAGCUCAGUUCAUUUGAAUUUUAUUUAGUUUAAUUUUCAUGUAUUUAAAAUAAUAUAUACAUGGCACAUAAACUACAGUAACAAAGUACAUUGGGAUUUAUAUAAGGAAUCUUGGGUCAAUAAUACUGAUGCUUUCGUUUCGAAUUUGACUUUACAAAAAUAUACCCAAUUAUUAUACCAAAUGUCUAUCUUCCAACUCACUACAGUAAUUAGAUCAAGGCCAAUAAGUCAAAAUUAUGAUGAUAGUAAAUCAUAAUUUAUCAAGGCCCCGUUGCAUAAAAGUUACCAUUAUGGUAGCUUUACCAUGUGAGUGGUAUCUUGCAUAGAAUCUUUUGACUCUGAUUGGUUGUUUAUCAUCGUUACCAUGGUAGUUAUCAUUGGAUGGCAAAGUUAGCAUUAUAGUAAUGCAACGGGUCCCUAGAUUGUUGAUACACUCUUAAAAUGAUUGGUCAAAGUACAUGUAACCAAUCUGUCGGUCAAAGUGUCCGACCGAUAGUUUCUAACUAAUAAAUUGGUUUAUUAUAACAAUUUUUAUCUGUCGUAAGCAAUUUUAUUCAACAACACACUGGUUAUUUUGACAAAUCCUUUUUUAAGGUUAGUAUAUUAUAAAAAUCAGCUCGCAUUAAUUCUUUAGUUAGGUGCACAUCGUUUUAAUGAUUGAAUUUUUUUUAAUGUUUAAUUCUCAUGUUUAAUACAUGAAAUUCCCAAAAGUUUGAUCUAGCGAUUCGUGCUCGCAACUUCUCGCUAUUAUGCCCUAGCUUUUAACAGUAAUUAGCGCCAUAAUAAUUGACCAAAAAGCGAGUUUUACAACUUCAUAUUUUGAUCCCCCUGAACCAAUCACUCGCUACGCUCUCUCGCGGAAAAAAAAUAAAGCCUGAAUAUAUAUAUUAUCAAUCAGAAAUCACUAAAAAGGGCUUGCUCAACUCAAUAACUACAAAACACAUAAUUACUUCACGCAUAAUUUAUAUAAUCUCAUGGUGAAAAUGGCAUGCGGACAAGAUCGAUCUAUAAUUCCGUUUAAAAUGGGCAUGCACGAGGGAUAACCUUAUACCUUUUUGGACAUAUUACACAAAAUGGGGUCACUUCUACAGCCGUUGGUAGUAAGGGGAUACCAUUCCCAACUCUUUCAGAUGUAAAAGUACCUUCAUGAUAAUCUCAGUCCACUUCCAUCUCUUACUUUCAAGGUUUUUCAUAUCAGAAAAAAUAUCAAUGCAUCUCCUCCAACUAUUCCUGUAAAAGUUCUGUAUACCAUGGGUGUCGAUCCGGGGGGGGGGGGGGGAUUUAUCCCAAAGAAAUUCAGGUGGGGAGAUGGCCUGUACGAUCAUCUCCCCUAUAUUUUGAGGGCAUAACAAAACAGUUUCUCCAGAAAAAUCAAUAAAUUUAUUAUAAUACAUAAACUCGAUAAAACUUGACAACACAGAAAUACAAAAAAGAAAGAAAAAAAAUUAAGUUAAAGCACUUAUCUGUAUGUGAUAAGUGAACUUGCCGAUAUAGGGCAAUAUCACGAGCAAUUAAUACAUGCGGAUGAUGUAUAGGCCCUAAAUUUAUAGAUUUGACUUUUAUAUAAACUAUAUGACAAGUUUGUACUUUAAUGUUGCUACUAUAUUUUGCCAUGAUAACAAUUAUGUCAGAAUCUGACACGAGAUUUAAAAAAUAAAUAAUUUUGUAAUCUUACUCAUAGAAAUGACAUUUUGAACUUACACAGUACUGUAUUGUCAUGGUUUUUACCUUAUAAAAGUAAUCAAUAAAAUUGUUCUAACUGGUUGUUUUACGCGUAACCUAUGCCAUUCCAUAUUCAAAUAGGCCUACUUUCAUUUUUCUGUCAAUGUUUUGAGUUGUUCUUUUUCUUUGAAUAAAA